CUCUUACCUUGGUUCAUUAAACGUCGCGGUGUGUUAGCCAUUUUUGUUGCUCAUAUUGUGGUACUUGACAAUUCCUUAAAAUUCAUUAAUUUAAGACUGUACAGUCGGAAUAACUAAAGGAAGAGGUUUUAAAUUGUAAUGUCAACAAUGAAUCCCGAAUAUGACUACCUAUUUAAAUUAUUACUUAUUGGAGACUCUGGUGUAGGAAAGUCCUGUUUACUAUUAAGAUUUGCUGAUGAUACUUAUACAGAAAGUUAUAUCAGCACAAUUGGUGUGGAUUUCAAAAUCAGAACCAUAGAGCUUGAAGGAAAAACAAUUAAACUUCAGAUAUGGGAUACAGCUGGUCAAGAAAGGUUUAGAACUAUAACUUCUAGCUAUUAUAGAGGAGCUCAUGGCAUUAUUGUUGUCUAUGAUGUGACUGAUCAGGAAUCUUUUAAUAACGUAAAACAGUGGCUCCAGGAAAUUGAUCGUUAUGCCUCAGAAAAUGUAAAUAGACUUCUAGUUGGAAACAAAUGUGAUAUGACACCAAAGAAAGUAGUAGACUAUGUUACAGCCAAAGAGUUUGCUGAUCAGUUGGGAAUACCAUUUCUGGAAACCAGUGCUAAGAAUGCAACUAAUGUUGAACAAGCCUUUAUGACUAUGGCAGCAGAGAUUAAGAGGAGAAUGGGACCACCGACAUCUGCAGCUGAUGCAUCGCGGCAAGGCGAGAAGAUAAAUCCAAGUACACCUGUAAAAGCGCCUAGUGGUGGUUGUUGUUAAGGGUUUUAAUAUAUCCAUAAAUUCAGUGGCUUCUAUUCAUUUUCAACAGUUGGUGAAAUUCAGGCACUUUGGCUUCAGUUCACUGGAGGAAGAUACAUAAAAUAUCUGCCUGGACAAAAGAUUUUGUUAAGUAGAUACCAUUGUUGCACUUAUUUCUGCUAUAUCCACAGCUUCUUUUCAACUUUAAAAAAUAUAAGAGAAAGGAAAAAAUUUUAGAUUUUUCAUUCUGUCAGUUGUAAAAUACUGAAAACAUUAAAAUUUGACAUUUUGCCAAGAUAUGUAAAAUUCUUUUGUGAUUAUUUACAUGUUUGUUUUAGCCACUGUAUACGAGUUUUAAUUAUUAAUCUUUAUUUAUGCAUAUAGUUCAUAAAAACUGGAUGUGAAACAUCUUGCAUUGUAUUAGUUUAUUACACAGAUAGUAUAUUAAAUUAAUCUCAAAAGCCAUGCGAGCAUGGGUUUUUAUGUUAAUUUUAGUUUUAUCAUUCCAACCCUGAUGUGUGUAUAUGUAUGCUUCACUCUUAGCUGUUUGUAUAAUGUACAUGUUAUGAAGUUAAAUAGAAACUAGCUGUUGGUAACUCUUCCCGGGAAGACAAUUGGUAUUUAAUAAAAAUUCUGAUUGAAGAAUUUUUAAGAAAUGUAGAUAUAUUUGGUUUUGAGAACUGAUUUUUACCAUAGCAGUUUUUCAUGUAUUCCUCAUGGUUAUCUCGGAUAUUUGUAAAAACAAUAUAAUGUUUUGUACUGGUCUACAGAAACAUUUCUAGUUUUCAAAUUAUAUGAGGAAUUCUUAUGGUAACCAUGGGGACUUGCAAAUUUUUUAAAUUGUUGUCCAGUUUGUGAUCAUAAAACUCAGUAUUGAAAUUUAAAAGUGCAUAUAAGUCCAAAAACUUCAAAAAUUGUAAAGAUUUGUUUGAUAUUUUCAAGUGAAAAUAUACUGCCUUCUGUAGCAUAUAUAAACUACAGUCAUAACUUUUUAUUGUAAAUGAAUAUUAAAAUUUAUUAAAAGCUUUUGUGUGCACAGUAGAAGUUUUAAAUUUUUUAGCUUGAAUUUUUAUUUUUAAUGAAUAAAUUUCUUUAUAGUAGUCGUAAAUUUCAUCACUGAUUUUAUGUAAUAUUGACUUACUAGAAAAUAUUGAUUCUCCCUCCUGUACAAAUACUUCAUGGCAUUUCAGUUUAAUGUAGAUGUGUGUAAGUUACAAUUUUGAUGUGAAUUUGAGUAACUUUUAAAUUAGUAUAUUUUCAUGUCAACAUCCCGUAAGCAUUUAAAAAUCCAAUACUGAUCAAAUACGUUUUACGUAUUUUAAAAUUAGCCAUAUUCAUGCUAUCAAUUUCAGCAUUUAAUGGCUUUUUGUUAAAUAAACCUUUAAUGUGUAAAGUUUUAAUUUUUACCUAUAUCAUUAUUAUGCAGAAGAUGGAAAGUGUAAUUCUGUGUUCCUGUUAUAUGUUCCAAUAAUUUAAAUGCUUAAUGUUAAGUAAAGGAAUAUAAUAAAUUUAUAUUAAUUUUUUGUAUUAA